CUAGUGCGCCAUGUUAAGAGGUAAAUAGGUCAAAAACCAAAACAUAAUCAGGUGUUGUUCCAACUGACCUAUCAAGAAUACAGCUUGGAGACGAGUUCUAAAUUUAAGCGCUAAAGAAAGGAACGUACUAUGAUGCAAGUGUGAUAUCUUUUAAAUGAUAAAUAACUUUCAGUGUUCAGAAGUGAAAAAUCGAUGAAGAUGAGUUCAAAUUGGAGGAAUUAGGACCACCAAAAUGGCUCCUGGAUCUGACCAGCUUCAUCAAGAAGCAGCUACAUCAUCUUUAAGAAGAAAUUAUUUGAUAUAACAACACAAUGGAAGUUGUGGGGGAUUAUGAGUACAGCAAGAAGGACCUGAUUGGCCACGGUGCUUUUGCUGUUGUCUUCAAAGGAAGAAAUAGAAAGAGACCAAGUCAUGUGGUGGCCAUUAAAAGUAUCACCAAGAAGAACUUGGCCAAGUCUCAAAAUUUAUUGAGCAAAGAAAUAAAGAUUCUUAAGGAACUUUCAGACCUUCAUCAUGAGAAUGUAGUGGCUUUACUGGAUUGUAAGGAAACAACCAACCAUGUUUAUUUGGUGAUGGAGUACUGCAAUGGAGGGGACUUGGCUGAUUAUCUUCAGGCUAAAGGAACACUGAGUGAAGACACCAUUGCCUCAUUCCUCAGACAGAUAGCUGCUGCAAUGAAAGUGAUGAAUGGGAAGGGUAUUGUCCAUAGAGAUCUAAAGCCACAGAAUAUACUGCUCUGUCACGAUGGAAAGGCAAAUACCCCCUCCACUGAAAUGAGGCUCAAGAUUGCUGACUUUGGAUUUGCUCGUUUCCUCAAUGACGGAGUGAUGGCUGCCACCUUAUGUGGAUCCCCCAUGUACAUGGCCCCUGAGGUGAUAAUGUCUCUGCAGUACGAUGCCAAGGCAGACCUGUGGAGUAUAGGCACCAUUGUUUUCCAGUGUCUGACUGGCAAGGCACCAUUCCAGGCACAGACUCCCCAACAGCUCAAGCACUUUUAUGAGAAACAUGCUGAACUCAAACCAAAUAUUCCCAAAGAUACAUCACCAGAAUUGAGAGAUUUGUUGUUAAAAAUGUUGAAAAGAAAUGCAAAAGACAGAGUAGAGUUUGAGGAUUUCUUCAAACACGCUUUCCUUCAACCACAGUCAGCUGCAGCAUCUUCCUCGCCCGUGCCGGUACCUGGUAGAGCCUCACAGGGAUGUUCUUCAGAGAGUCCCACCCCUCCCAGAUGUGUGUCUGCAUCCCCAUUGUCAGGGAAAGCUGAAUACUCAACCCCUCCCUCAAAGGUAACACAUGCAGUUGUACAGAUGGUGAAACAGCAGGAAGUGACAGAGCCUAUGCAAGCUUCCCAAGAAGGAGAUUUCUUAAAAGUGGACAGGGGACCUACCCCGCGGAGUAACAGUCCCUUAGAGAAUGACUUUGUACUAGUGCCAGAAGGAAUCGGUGAUCACUUGGAUGUUGUUGACCAGGGAAAAAUUCCAUCUCCAGAGGAUUUACAGGGAUUUGGUGAGCGUGCUAAACCUCAGGUUGUGAGAGUAGAACCCCGGGCAGGGUCUGUGGCUUUUAAGAAGAACACUAACAAUGUGGCCAGUCCUAGUAGACCUUCCACACUGCCCAUGCAACAGGCCCAGAACCAAUCAGAGCCCAUCCCGGUGCCCACCCAGGUCAAAGCGUUUGAGAGACUCCGGUCUUGCAGCUCUCCACACUCUAACUCAAACAAGUCUGGGAUGGAAAUAUCCCCUGCGGAAUCGGCCAAAUCAUCUGGUCAAAAUGUCAAGAUGUCGCCCCAGGUUGAGAGUAGAUUUUCUGCACCAGACAUCGGUUCAUUUUCACCACCAAUAGGUACAUUGAAAUUCAGCAUCGGCACCCCUCCCAGUGUGCCCACCCCCUGGAGGAAGAGCAGUUUUGGCAGCUCUCAGGGUGGGGGCCAAUACCACCCCGCCAAUGUCUCAAACUCGCCCAACCGUCGAGGAAGUAUGGGUAGUUCUCCUAUGGGCUUGAACCACAAUUUUUCAAGUCCUGGGUCAUUACCCACUAUCUUGGAUGCAUCACCUCAUUUUGAGUUGAACUGUGGGCCCCAGGUCACGGACAAUAUGCCCACUGAUCCGGUCAGGGCACCAUUUGGACACAGCAGACCUAGAACUAUUCCUGAUAGUAAGGGCACAAAGCGAUACAACCCUGCUGAAGUAGAUAGAAUAAAGAGGAAUGUCUUGGAGCGUUGCAAUACAGACCCAGGAACAGCAGAAGACAACAGUAUGCUGUCUCAGCAAGCGAGAGUGAACUAUAUGAAUCAGCAAGGAUUAAAUCUGUUGGAGGGGCAGGUUACCAGGUACACCAGCAAUGAACACCUUGUGUCCCCCAACGAAAACACUGUUAGAAUGGAUACACAGAGGGCAGGGUCAUAUCUAAGGAGAACAUUUAGUGCCACAACACCACCCUCCAAUUUGAUGUUCGCUCAGUCACCACCAAACAUGGAAGGACCUGUGACCUUUGUAGCCCCAGGGCUGGCAGAGGAAACACUAAUGGGAGAUAACCACAAUGAAAUAAUGGCCAAGCUGAGUUUUGUGAAUGAUUUGGCAGAGUGUGUGAUGGAGCUGGCCAUGGCAAAAGGAGCCCCUCUAAACACACUGUCAGAGUCUGUCAAUUGGAAGCAGGGUGAGGGUCCGCUGCAAGGAGAGCCAAUGCCAAAGUUUAUUGAAUCACAAAGGUUAUUGGAGCAGUUGGUCCUUUAUAUCAGAUCUCUGCAGUUGUUGUCAUCCUCGCUACAGCUAGCCAGGAGGGAGAUCAAGGAUGAGCGACUACAGGUCUCUAAUGCUCUCAAAACUUUGUUGAAGCAGAUGAAUGAACGCUACCAUCGUUGUGUGUCAGUCUGUAAGCAUAUUCAACAGAGACUGGGCAUUACAAUGCAGAAUGCUCUUACCCCACAGGUUGUCAUAGCAACUGCUGACAAAAUCAUCUACAACUACGCCAUUGAAAUGUGUCAAACUGCUGCUUUGGAUGAAUUGUUUGGAAAUCCUCAGGAGUGUUUCAAGCGAUACAACACAGCUCAUAUCCUUCUGCAUAGUUUGUCCCAGCAAGCAAGAAACAAUGAUGACAAAGAGCUCCUGAAUAAAUACAAAGGUGCAGUGGAAAGACGACUAUCACACAUACACUCAUCACAGGACUUCUAUCAUACGUAUGAUGUCAGCAGAUAACAGAGGAAAACUGGACCAGAGAAGAACCCAAUCAAGGAAUAUUGUCAUUGUAGUGACGAGCAAAUACUUUUAAUUCCAGGAAAAAAAAUUGUGGGGUUUUUUUUUCAACCAAAAAAAAACAACAACAAAAAAACAACAAAAGAAAACAAUGAAUGAAAAACAUUAAAAACCAUUACUGCCUAUCUACAUGUACACUGAGACAGACUGGAGACAGGAAUACUCAGGGACGACAGCUUUCCUCCAGACUCAUCAGAUUUAGAAACAGGAAAUGGCUGUCUGAAUGCUUUGCAUCCAUGAAUGAUAUUAUUUCAUAACUGAAAGAAAUACUGCAGUUGAUUGGGACUGUGUAAUAUUUACAUAUAUUGACACCUGCUAGAGAAGGAUCUCGUGUUAAUGUGGAUGUUUAUAGGGUAUUCUGGAUUGUUACAGCAAGGACUAAAGUUGUACGAUAAUGCAUCGUGGAUUUAGAAUUUAUACAAACGUAUAUUUGGCAAUGGAAAUCUGACUGUCAGUUGGACGGUGGAGAUGGAUAAAUGGUACUCACAGAAGUAUCAAAGUAUAUGAUAUUCAUAGAAAGCUCUACCCAAUUGUAGCAUAUCUUUUGCUAUAAGGCCGUUUUUGAAUAAUGUGUUAGCAUAUAUAUGUUAUGAAUGUGUUGUUUUGCUAGAAUUUUGCCGAAUUUUAUCCCUCCACAGUUAAUUUAUUGGAUUGUCUCCCUUGUGUUCAUUGUCUUGCCAGUGUAUUCUUUCAUCUCAUAGCAAAUGUCAUAAUGUUAUGCAUUGUAAAUACAUCUCCCCCUUAAACUUCAUUUUGUAAGCUCACAAAUCCUAAGUAGCUCUAACCAGUGAAUCAAACAUAUUAUGCUAAAUUUUAGCUUUGCUUGUUGCUAUUCAUGUGAAAAACUUACUGCCUUAAUUAUAUAUUUUGUUAGCAUUCAGCAAUAAUUUCAUCCUGCACUGUACUGUAGAAUAUCCUGAUAAUUACAUUUAGCAUUUGCUUGAAGGAAUCCAUGUACUUAAUGCAAUACCCCUGCUGCUGUAUGAAGCAUUUGUAACUAUUUCAUCUAUACCCAUGAUACUGGUAAAAAUCUUAGUUGUGAUAAGAUGAUUUAUUUAUGAAUGUACUAUGGUGUUUUUUUUUAACUAACCAUGUUGCACAACUAUUUCGCUUUGUAAAGUUAGCUUUGAAUAUGUAUGUUUAUGGUAUACAAAAUUCCAUUUUUGCUUGUAAAUAUGAUAUCUUACCCAUUUUCUCAUAAGGAGGGUUUUGAAGUAGUUUAAUCAUUAUAUUAGACGAAGACAAAGUUACUUGAUUUACUUGGAAGAAAGAGGAAUCUUUUAAGAAUUCUUUGUUCAGUCAUGUAUUAGUGGGAAAUGCUGCAAGUCAUACAAUGACAUAUGUUAAAAAGUUGUAUGAUAAGAUGAGAACGUGGAACAUUUUCUUCAGAUUUAUGUGAACAGAGAAUUUUGAAGAUGUUCAUUGUUGGAAGACACUGGUUUGCUGUAGUGGGUUUAGCCUAGUGAUCUGUUGAUAUAGUAAAAUGAUUAUAGUUUACAUAUUGGUCUUUCAGUAUUUUUGUUAUUUGUGAUUUUAUUGUUUUUCUGUAUGAUGGCUUAUUUAUACAAAAAUCUUGUCAGAUGAUAUAUGGGUAUUGAUUAAAUGUGUCAGAGUUCGUUUGACAUGUUGGUAGAUUAUCAACAUACAAGAUAGAGGAACAUUUGGAGACAUUUUAUGUUGUUUUAUAGUUGUAGGAUGUCUUUCAUGUUUUAGUAGUGGCUUUGCAUUGUUUAAUUCUUUUCCCCAAGAAAAUUCCAGAUUUGUUUUGAAAUUUUAUUUUAUGUAUUCGUUCAAUCAGUUACAGAUUAUCUAAUGAAACUUCUCAAAUCCAGCUAUGAUUGUGAUAUACAGAUUUUAGUGAAGAGAUCAGUUAUAAAGACGACCAUUUCAGGAUGCUUUUGUAAUCAUUGAAGGAGAAAAUGUGCCAAGCUCAUAUCCUGAAGAAGAUAAAUAGAUGAUUUCUCUAGUCUUUCACUGGCUUGAGAACCACUUGUGUUCCAUGGUAGUACAUGUACUUUUGUAAUACCUCAGAUUCUGAUGUAUGGCCAAGAUUUGUACAUUGUAUGAAAGAAAUAAAUGAUUUAAAAAAUAA